AUGGCUCCCCCCUGUGUCACGCAGGACGCCAUAUUCACAGGCGCCAACAAGCACAGUCACGUGCUUGCGUACUCGCCGCACUGCGCUGCGUUCGGCGCAGGCCACGCCGUGGCACUCUGGGACCCGCUCUCCAGCACCCACCAGGGCGUCCGCCAGACGCUCCACGGCCACACGCGGGAGGUCACGUGCGUGGCCUUUGUCCCCGGCGCCGCCACGCUCGUCUCGGCUGCCGAAGACGGGCGCAUUUUGGUGUGGCGCGCGGCGGCAGACGGCCGGUACCAGCGGGCGCCCGGCGAGGCCCAGCAGGCCGGCUCUGUGACCGCGUUGGCCACUGCGGCCGGCGGCAUUGUGGUCUCCGGCGGCACGCUGGGCGACAUUGUGGUGUGGCGCCUUGCCGCGGACCACUCGGGUUUGGAGCGCCAGGCCUCGUUCCGCGUGGACGAGCGCUUCCUCCCCUCGGCAUUGUGCGUGCAGCAGCUCGGCGCCGCGUACGUGCUCGCGGUGGGCGGCACGCUGCCGCACGUGUUUGUGUACCUGUUUGGCGGUGACGCGCGGGACGUGCGGCCGUGUGCGGUGCUCGCCGGUCACGAGGACGCGGUGCGCUGCUUGGCCUUGGCGCGUGAGCCAACGGGCCCGGACUACCUCCUUGCGUCCGGGUCGCAGGACCGCAGCAUCCGGCUCUGGCGGCUUCGGGUCGGCGCGGCCGCGGCGGCCGCAGCGCCGGACGCGGACCGUCUCGUGCUCUUGUCCAACAAGCAGCACCGGUUUACGCUCGGCACGGACCCGGCCGUGUUGAGCUCCGAGGCGUUGCUCAUGGGCCACGACGACUGGGUCACGGGGCUCCAGUGGCAACCCGCGGCAGCCGCCGCUGGCCCGCCCGCCUUGCGUUUGUUGUCGCUGGGCGCCGACACCACGUUGAUGGUGUGGCACAUGGACGCACCAUCGGGCGUAUGGGUGCCGGCCAGCCGCUUGGGGGAGCUCUCCAUCAAGGGCGCGUCCACGGCCACGGGUGCGCUGGGCGGGUUCUGGGCGUGUGUGUGGCUCGCUGACCCGGCGUCUCGUGCCCAGUACAUUCUCGCCAGUGGCAAGACGGGCGCCGUGCGCGUGUACAAGAACGACGCGGGCGAUGCGGGCGAUGCGGAAGCGGCAGACACUGACAGUCGCUGGGAUGCCGUGCUUGGUGUCACGGGACCUGUGCGCGAGGUGUCGGACCUUGUGUGGUCCCACGACGGCUCGUAUGUGCUCGCCACUUCGCUCGACCAGACCACGCGCUUGCUAGCGCCAUGGGCGUGUGGCCGACCCGACGCCACAGUCACGUGGCACGAGUUCGCCCGCCCGCAGAUUCACGGUUACGACAUGGUGUGCGUGGACAACGUGUCGGCCACGCGCUUUGUCUCGGGCAGCGACGAGAAGAUUUUGCGUGUCUUCGAGAUGCCGCAGGCCAUCCACGCACUUCUCGGCCGCUUCUGCGGUGCGCCGGCGUCCCCGGUGGCUGCGCUCCCCGAGGCCGCGUCCUUACCCGUGUUGGGCUUGUCCAACAAGGCCGCCAACGAGCAGCUCGAGGCGGGUGAGGCCCAGCAACGCGAAGAGGACCUUCAAAACAACGCGGGCGCACAGCCAACAGACGCCUCCGAUGUGCUCGCGGCCUUGCAGGGCCCUCCGUUGGAGGACCAUUUGCAGCGACACACGUUGUUCCCGGAGAUCGAAAAGUUGUACGGGCACGGCUACGAGAUCACGUGCUGCGCCUCGUCGCCCAGCCACUCGCUCGUGGCCUCGGCGUGCCGUGCCAAUGCAGCCAAGCACGCCGUGGUCCGUGUUUUCAACGCAAAGAACGACUUCUUGUUGUCCUCCCAGGUGUUGCUGGGCCACAACCUCACCAUCGUCAGCCUCGAGUUCUCGCCUGACGGCCGCUUCUUGAUGGCCGUCUCUCGCGACCGCCAGUUCUCGUUGUGGCGCGUGGUGGACGAGGCUACCGCGGCAUUUGAGCUCGUGGAAUUGAACGCAAAGGCCCACUCGCGCAUCAUCUGGGACUGCUCGUGGGCUCCCAUGGGCACCCCUGUGUUUGUCUCCGGCUCGCGCGACAGGACCAUCAAGGUGUGGCAUGUCGGCGCCAGCACCGUGCAGAUGCUCGCUCAAACAAAGACUGACCAUCCCGUCACUUCGGUGGCGUGUUUCCAGCCGGAAUUGGUGCGGGGCAAGUUGCUCAUUGGCGUGGGGCACGAAACCGGGCAUAUUUCGUUGUAUGCGCUCUCGCCUGCGGUACCGGACUCGCUCACAAAGGUCCUUGACUUUGACGCCGGUAUCUUGCCCGGCUCGCGCGUCAACAAGCUUGCUUUCAGCAACAAAACUAAAGGUACUUGUCUUCAGCUCGCGGUGGGCAGUGUCGACACCUCCAUCAGGAUCUACUCCGUCGACACGGCUUCCCUUUUGUUGUAA